ACAAACUACUAAUAAACCAUUUCUGCAUUAAAAAACCGCUCUCAAAUUUCUGAUAAACAGUUUCUUUUUAUCUCUUUCGCAUCUAAUUUUCCCUCUUCAUUUUCCCUCACUUUCUCUUGCUUUCUCGCUCUUCAACAAACCCUCGCCUCGCGCUUUCUUUCUUACCGGCGACACAUGGAGAUGUCGAUGGAAGAUUUGCGCUCGUUUCAGAUCCUUUCCAUGGUUCUCUCCGCGUUUUUCCGUUUCGCUCGAUCUCCACUAAUACCGAAGAAUUCUAAACCUAUUAAACAACGAAUAGCUAGGUUCACUGCGGCGUUUUAAGGUUUCUUCUUCAAAUUUCAAUUCACUGCAUUUUAGUUUAAUUUUUUGUACUUUUAUGCUCGAAAUUGGAAAAUUAGGAUCGUUGACUCACGACUCAUGAUUUCUUGCGCUUUUUGAAUCUUUGCUGUUGGUAUGAAUUUGUUUAUCCUAACUUUGGAUAUGAGAGAGAUUCGUCGUUAAAUCAAAAUUUAAGUCUGAGAAAUUUUACUGGUACGAUUCUAGGGUUUGAAAUUAAGGUUUCAAUGUCUUUGAAAUCUUCUUCCGAGAAAGAUUAGGAGAUUAUUUUUGUUGGAAGUUCAGAGAAAGUUCUUGUUGUAUUUGUGUAUUCUUGUGUGGUGUUGAAUUUUGCGUUUGGAAUUUUUGGCGGAAAAUUUCAAAUGGGUGGAAAGUUAGAAUUAGGGCCUCCGAAGGUUGGUGUUUCCAAUCCUAGAGAGAAAGCUGCGAGGAUUAUACUUAGAACCAUUAGAUCUCAAGGGCAUCCUUACAUUGAGUUGCGUGAAAAUGGAAAAAGAUUCAUAUAUUUCUGCAUUUUAUGUCUUGCUCCAUGCUACGGUGAUGAAGUUGUGUAUGAUCACUUGAAAGGUAAGCUUCAUAGGGGUAGACUGGCUUCUGCUAAACGUACUCUGCUGAAACCGAAUCCAUGGCCUUUUAAUGAUGGUCUCAUAUUCUUUUAUACUUCGACUGAUAAUGAUAAAGAACAGGAAACUAGAAAUACUUACCGGAGUAGAUUGUUGAAGUUAAUUGAAAGUGACAAUGACAAUAGUCGUGCCAUCGUGAGGUUUGGUGAAGAAGCUCAGUCGGAGGUUUUACCAAUUGCGACAGAUGAUACACUAGCCGAUGGUGUUACGUUGGUGAUUCCUCGUCUGCAGAUUGCAGAUAGAACUAUUGAUGUAAAAGUUAGGAAAGUUGGCCUGGGGAAGAUUUCUGCCAGGUUUGUUGAGAAGUAUGGCUCUUCGAAUGAGAAUGAGAUUAAAAGAAUUUGGUGUGAAUGGUUAGGAAAAGAGAAUAGGCAACAAGAUGACAUUGAGGUUCAAGAGCAUGAUUUUGGGGUUGUAAUUUUCCCUUACAGUUAUGAUUUGGGUCGGGAAGGAUUGGUUGAUGAUACUGAGUCAUUACUCCUAUCUGCCUCUAUGGUAGAACCGGAAAAUGAAAGUAAAAGUGGCCGAAAGAGAAAAGCACCAUUUUCUGACCAUGAAGAUGUUGGUGAUUUAAUCAGCAAGCAGUAUGCUCCAUCUGCAGAAGAGUCUUCACCUUUGAACAAUGCCGCCUCAACAUCGACACUCGAUCAAUGCAACAGUCAGCUUCUUCGCACUAAGUUCGUUUCAAGCAAGGCUAUUAGAAAGGCAAUGAGACAGCGAGAGCGCUUAGCAGCAGAGCAAGUGUGUAACAUCUGUCGACAAAAAAUUAUUCCUGGUAGAGAUGUUGCAGCAUUUUUGAAUUUAAAGACUGGAAGAAUAGCUUGCUGCAGUCGGAAUCCAAAGGGGGCAUUUCAUGUGUUUCAUACGGCCUGUGUUAUACACUGGAUACUCUUGUGUGAAUAUGAAAUAAUCACAAAUCGUUUAGCUCAUCCAAAUGCUAGUCAAGAAGGGAAGAGAAAGAUUGUAUCAUGUAGUGGUAGAGAAGACAAGGAUAUCAAACAUGUUUUCUGUCCAGAGUGUCAAGGUGCUGGUCUGAUCAUUGCAGAUGGGUUAGAGUACCCACAAUUUUGUUCUCUGUCCCAGAUCUUCAGAUUGAAAUUAAUGAUAGGUCAAAAACGAAACCAAUGGAUCAAGAAUCCUGAAGAUUUACAGAAUUGCUCAAUUGGGUUUCAUUUUCCUUCGCAAUCCAAAGAGAUAGCUGAGGAAAAAGUGGAGCCCAUAAAAAUGUUGCAUUUCUAUCGCGCUGAUGAUCAGAGUUUGGGGCCGAAUUCUGCGAAUGUUACAUUUUAGUUUGUAGACAGUUGUAUAUCUGAGUAUGGCUUUGCAUUUUCAAGAACUAUGUAGAUUUUUAGGUAAAAAUUUAGGUUGAAAAACUUGAGUUGUAUAACCUCGUAGACAGUCUCCACUCUCCAGAUUUAACAUUGUGUAUACAUGUUCUUAUGACAUAUGUGUACAUGGUAAAGGAAGAUCAAAUAUCGUUUUAAAGUUGCAUUGUUGCUCCCUCACUUCUUA